GUUUAUCGUCUCGCUUCGUUAUCGCCUUUUGCAUUAUUACAACGCAAACCGUCUCUAUAGAAGAAAUACCUAUAUCACCCGGACCCGUACUCAGAUUUUGUUAUUUUUAACGCCCAUUCCGCAUCCUGUGCAUCAUAAAUAUUGCAAUCAGAAUGAGAGGAGGUAGGACAAUAUAAGCAAAUGUGCCCUCCCCCAGAAAAAGGCUAGCCAUUUUGUGUUGUAGUGGGUCCGAGAGGAUUCAGCAUUCAACUGGUGUUGUAUGCUAAGCAAAGCAGCUGAUACCGUGUACCUCGCGCUGACACCUUCGAAGAUAGUGUUACAUAAAAUCCAAACAAGCAUCAAUGUCAAACCGAUCGCAUGUUCUCAAUGGCCGAAUGAUGCAUUAAAAGGAAUAGUGGAAUUAUAGUUACAAUCCAGUACUGUGCGGUGAUCCGAAGCCAUAGCAACAGAUCCGUAACAGCUGCCGCUGCUGCUGGAAGCUAGUGAUUGUCGCCCGACUCCAGUGGUGUGAAAACAAGGAAGGCGUAGUGCACACAAUAUGCACACUCCUUGCAGAAGAAGCGGCCUACUGCUGUCGGUGCUAAUUGUAGCAUCAAUCAGCGUGUCCAACGUUCGAUCUCAGCAGGAGGCCCUGGGCGACGAUGCGGGUAGACUGCUCUUUGCACAUGUGAUCUACCGUCAUGGCGAUCGGACUCCAAUCGAGCCCUAUCCGAACGACCCGUGGAAGGAUCCCAGUUACUGGACCACUGGAUGGGGACAACUCACCAAUGCUGGUAAAAUGCGGCACCUUAUGCUGGGUCACUGGAUACGUCAACGGUACAGCAGUCUUCUCGGCGAAACCUACACCAACAACGAAAUCUACGUUCGUUCCACCGAUGUAGACCGAACGUUGAUGAGUGCCGAAUCGAACCUCGCCGGCCUAUAUCCACCGACAGGAAAAGACCAAUGGGAUCCGGCAAUCCAAUGGCAACCCAUUCCGGUUCACACCGUUCCGGAAUCCCUGGACGAAGUGCUGGCCGCCAAGAAAUCCUGCCCCGCCUACGAUUACGCUCUCAAAAAGUACAAACAAUCGGACGAGUUCCAGGCAUACAACAAAUCGCUAACGCCAGUUUACGAAUAUCUCACCGCUCACUCAGGACGUAGGGUAGACUCGUUAACAUCGGCGCAGAACAUCUACAGCUGCAUGCACAUUGAAGACUUGAACAACUUUACACUGCCAGAGUGGACCAAACAGGUUUACCCCGAACCGUUGCGAGCCAUCUCCGCUCGAUCGUUCGCCACCAAAACGAACACUCCCCAGCUCGCACGACUCAAAACAGGUCCACUGAUCAAAGAAAUGCUCCAGCGAUUCCAGAGCAAGGCAAACAACAGCCUGAAACCCAACCGAACGGUUUGGGUCUACAGCGCUCACGAUACAACGGUAGCAAACGUCCUCAACACGCUUCGGUUAUUCGACGUCCACAACCCGCCGUUUGCGGCCUGCAUCUUGUUGGAACUCCGUAGAAGCCCUUCAGGAGGAGAACCAUACGUUUCUGUGUACUACAAAAACACUACCCAAGAACCGGAACCCAUGGACAUUCCCAACUGUGGCAAGCGUUGCCCGCUAAGCCAAAUGUUCAAAGUCUACCGUGAAAUUCUGCCCGAUAACUGGCAACGUGAGUGCGAAGUAUCGAUCCUGUCGCUCACCUACGUGGAGGCGGACAUGAGCUCGCCAACCAGCGUCAUCGGUAUCGUGUUCCUAGCAAUGGUCGGAGUGCUGGUGAUCGCCCUGGCCAUGGGUGCCUACAUCCGACGGAGGCGAGGCUAUUACAACGACAAGUGGUAUCUUCGUAUCGACGGAUAAUGGCACGGGAGCCGAGCGGCUGGGACGGCGACUGCGCCGUUCGGUAUGGAUGAUGCGGAAGACUACGAAGAGGUGGACGUUUGACGAAACGACGGAGACACGGUUCUGGAUGGCGGAGAAAGUGCGAUAGAAGUUGCAUUUAUUCUUAGGACGGCAUUUUACGGGAUAGCUUGUGUUAUAUGUUCUUUCGUCUGAAGAGGAGUAUUUUAGUGUGUAUGGAAUUUUAAAUGCUAGUGAUGUUUAUGAACUGAUCUGUUCAAGAGGGGGUUCCUUGUUGGUUACAUUGCAUUGUGAGAAAAAAAAACUGCUGUGAGAAAAGAAUUUCUGAUAUUGAAAUAAAUGUUAAAUAGUAGAAA